AUGAACCCUCUCGCAGUGCCUCGCCCCGCCUGUAACGCGCACUGCCCACCUUCUCUUUCCGCCAGCGACAAAAACGGCCCCGCCGCCGCAGGCACACUCGCGCGUCGCGCAAGCUGCUCCUUGGCGCACUCGCGCUCCCACAAUGCGCCGCCUCUGUAUCCGCAGAUCGCGCGCAUGGGCGGAUUGGAGGGAUUACGAGGGGAUGGGGAGUGGCGGAGCAGAGCGCUGGCGGUAACACGUGACACGAAUGAGCCGCACUUACGCCAACAGUGCGGACCGCGAUGCAGCGUGUCGUCCCCCGCGCAGCGCCCCUACGUGGCGGUGCUGAUAGUCCCCACGGGCGUGGGCGCGGAGAUCGGCGGGUUCGCGGGGGACGCGCUACCGGUGGCGCGCGCGUUCAGCAGCGUGGCGGAGUGUCUGAUCGCGCACCCGAACGUGCUCAACGGCGCCAUGCUCUACUGGCCGCUGCCGCGCGCGCUCUACGUGGAGGGCCACGCGCUGGACCGCUUCGCGCGCGGCGAGUGGGGGCUGCAGCCCGUGCACCGCAACCGCGUGGGGCUCGUGUUCGACCAGGCCAUCGAAGAAGAGCUCCUCCAGCGCCACCUGCAGGUGGCGGACGCAGCGAGGGCGACGCUGGGGAUUGACAUAGUGGGAUACACUGUCACCGACCGCCCCCUCAAGGUGCACAAAUGGGUGGACGGCGCCACAGGAGCAGCCACGGGGCGCAUCGACGAGGCGGACUCGCUGCUGCGCGCCGUGCAAACCCUGCUGGACUCGCCCCUCGCCGCACACCCGCCCUCCCACGCACACGCCCUCUCACCCACAUCACCACCUGCUACAGGUUCCCGUCGGGUGGACGCAGUGGGCGUGGUGGCACGCUUCCCUGACGAUGCAGAGGAGGUGUUGCAGCAGUACCGCGAGGGGAGUGGGGUGGAUGUGCUAGCGGGAGUGGAGGCCGUCAUCUCCCACCUCGUUGUCCACCGCUUUCAACUCCCUGCUGCUCACGCCCCCGCCCUCGCCCCCCUGCCCCUCCUCCCCUCCAUCGCCCCGCGCUCCGCCGCUGAAGAGAUCGGCCACACGUUCCUGCCAUGUGUGCUGGCUGGCCUCUCGCGCGCCCCCCGCCUCGUCUCCCGCCACGCCCCUCCCGCCACCGCAGCCGAGCGCACAGGGGCAGACGGUCGGCAGGAGGGGCGGGAGGGGGCGGCGAAUGUGAGCAGCAUUCCCACCAUCAUUGGGGGCGCAUGGGACUAUAGCAGAGAUGCUGGCAGCAGCAGCAGCGGCACGAACUUGAGCAUGGGCAGCAUGGGGGGAGGCAUGAGCAUGAGCAUGGGCAGCAUGAGCGGGGUGGUGUGGGCGGAGGACGUGGACUGUGUGGUGCUGCCUGUGGAUGCCUUCGGGGGCCCUGCCGCCCAGGCCCUCGCUCACCGACCAGGCGGCCCGCCGCUGUUCAUAGCGGUGGAGGAGAACACGACCGUCAUGGACGACCCACCCUCCAAGUUUGGCAUCCCUGCUGUGGUGGUGGGCAACUACUGGGAGGCGCUAGGGGUGAUGGCGGCGCACAAGGCGGGGGUGAGCCCGUGGUCGCUGCGCCGCCACGCCAUCUCCCACAUCCCACGCAUCCACCCCGCCCGCUCUUGA